CGCUCAGCCAAGUUACAGAAGCACUGCCUCCCACUUCCAACCCGCCGAUUACCCCAAAUCCACAUCCUUGGCCGAGCUCCCGUCCCACGCGGCCUAACGACGAUCCACUCAGCAACAACGACACCUCUCCGGCCAAGCCUUCACCAUCUCCGGUUCACGAGAUCCUCCAAACCUCUGUUGAAUUGCUUCAUCAAGCAGUCUCCAAAGACAAAUCAUCUAUCUGCGCACCGCAGUUCCCGCUACACGAACGAGGCCCGAGCAAGCUCGCCCGGCCCCCUUCGUCAACUUCCGUCCGCCGACGCUCUCCUCCGUGUACACGAACACAUCUACACAUACCGCACAUCAUGGCGCCUCCUCGCAUCGAAGCACAAGAAAUUGAGACGUACUGGAACAUCUUCUCCACCCGGACGGGCGGGGGCCAGUUCCUGACGGGAGAACAGGCCGCGCCGGUGCUGAAGAAUAGCGGCCUGACGGACAACCAGCUCGAGAGGGUGUGGGAUCUCGCCGACGUCGACAAUGAUGGAAAUCUCGACUUUGAGGAGUUUUGCGUUGCCAUGAGAGUUAUUUUUGAUAUCCUGAAUGGCGAAUACUCAGAUGUCCCAACGACACUCCCCGAUUGGCUCGUCCCCGAGUCCAAGGCACAUCUCGUCCAGGCGAAUCGCGCGCUCACAGGAAGGCAAGUGGCGUUUGAGCAAGUCGACGACGAUCCAGACUCCCCAGGGCUGAAGGAUGGAUUCGACUGGUACAUGAGCCCAGCGGACAAGUCCAAGUACGAGUCGAUAUACCAAGAGAACCGGGAUGCACGGGGACAAGUAGCAUUCACUGCUCUCGAGGACCUCUACGAGUCCCUCGAUGUUCCUGACACCGACAUCCGCUCCGCCUGGAACCUCAUCAACCCCUCAGCUGGCCAAUCCAUCAAUAAGGACGCCUGCCUCGCCUUCCUCCACAUCCUCAACAACCGCCACGAAGGCUUCCGGAUUCCGCGCACCGUCCCCGCCUCCCUCCGGGCCUCAUUUGAGCGCAACCAGAUCGACUACCAACUAGACAACCAGACCCCCGGCGCCUCCCGAUGGGCGACAAAGGCCGACGACUCAACGGCGACGGGCCGCAAGGCCAAGUUUGGCGACCAGUACCUCACCCGCCUGGGCCGCAGCGGCUUCAAGUCCAGCGGAACCGACUUCUCCACGGCCAAGACGGACGACUGGGAGGAGGUCCGCCUCAAGAAGCAGCUGCAGGAGCUGGACGAGAAGAUGGCCCGCAUCGAGGCCGACGUCGAGCGCAAGAAGGGCGGUAAGCGCGACGGCAAGCCCGCCCUCGUCAAGCGCGAGCUCGAGCAGCUGCUCGACUACAAGCGCAAGGAGCUCAAGGACCUCGAGAGCGGUGCCGGCAAGGGCCAGGGCGGCGGCGGUGGGCUGAAGGGAGUAGCGGACGAUUUGCAGACGGUCAAGGAGCAGGUUGAGGGUCUCGAGACGCAUCUCGCGUCGCGGCAGGGUGUGCUUGACCAGCUGCGGAGGGAGAUUGAGGAUGAGAAGUCGAGCAGAUGAAGAUGAGAGGUGGUGGAGGUUUAAAGAGGGAGGGAGAGGAAAAAUCCAAAUUUGACAGCGUCUGUUUCUGGUGCAGGGCGGGCGGCUUGCUUGGGUUAUCUUUUAUAUGUCUUCUUUCGAGGUAGGGAUGACGGGCCCGGUCUGGUUUGGGUACCCCUUUCUCACAUUCAAUUCAGGGAGUUGCUCUUUUUCCAUCUCUACGCAUAUUCCACGUGCAUGUAAGACUAUAAUGUUUGCCGGUCCGCUGCUUAGAUUGAUGAGAUGCAGAAGAGGUAGGGGGGCUUUGAGUCAAAGAUUGUGCUUCCAAUAGGUAGAACACAGGAG